AUGGAGCGACUACUUGUCGAGAAGGGGAUGAUGGGACCUGGUUGGAUGGAUUUCACUAACUAUGUCGAAGUGACAGCGAAGCAAUCCUAUUGCGAUUAUGAGUUCAGCGUAGAUAUGGAAAGAAUGCGUAACCUUAACUAUAACACUGCAAUAACUCAAACUGCGCCUCCUGUGCGAAUGCUUGUACUUAAUGUUCUAACCACUUUGAAUGAUAAGAAGGAGAAUGAGAUCUGCAUGAUAUCAAUGUUAUACAAUCCCGCUUGUAACCUGGGUAACCCUAGUACCGACCAAAAGGAUCUUCAUCGAUUAUGCAUGUUUACCAAGCCAUACGGCGGCACUCUCCCUUUUGACAUCAAGGACCAGCUGAACAGACGGGGCCUAGCAGACAUAGUCCUCACUGCAGGAAAUGAAAAAGCUCUCUUGUCACUAUUCCUUGCAAAAGUACACAAAUAUGAGCCUGAUAUCAUUGUGGUGAGUUCCUACUUCAAAAUGACCCAACGUUGCCUAGGCAGUGUACUCGUAGCAUCGGUGGUUCAGUGGUAGAA